AGGUAUGGGGAGUGGUUUUCACUCCCUCCCCGCGUGUCUUCGAGCUCCAGAAGCGCAUGCGUUGUAAGCCCAUGUGGGAAUGGCUGAUCUGGGAUCGGGGGGUUGGGCCGCUAAACACGAGCGGACCGUUAAAGAGUGUUUUUAAUGUCCGCCAUGUUGGCCAUGGCGCACUGAGCCUGGAAUCAGGGACCGGAGCGCGCUGGAAACACACACCGAGAGAGAGCGACCGACACCCGGCCUCGCGCCUCCGCUCGCCCCGCCACCUCCACCGAGCGACCCGUGCACUGCUGGACACCGAACCGGCAUCAUCCAUGAGAACUUUAAUCGGACCAGUAGGGAACAUUAGGGGAUCGGAUAGAUUUAUGCUGCAUCUCGAAUUAUAAAGAAAAAUGAGUAAACUGUCGUUUCGGGCGCGGGCGCUGGACGCUUCCAAGCCUCUACCCGUCUUCCGCUGCGAGGACCUGCCCGACCUGCACGAAUAUGCGUCUAUUAACCGGGCAGUGCCACAGAUGCCCACGGGGAUGGAGAAAGAGGAGGAAUCGGAGCACCAUCUCCAGCGGGCCAUCUCUGCUCAGCAGGUGUACGGGGAGAAGAGGGACAACAUGGUGAUUCCCGUCCCAGAGGCCGAGAGCAACAUCGCCUACUAUGAGUCCCUCUACCCGGGGGACUUCAGGAUGCCCAAACAGCUCAUUCACAUACAGCCAUUCAGUCUUGACACAGAACAGCCAGAUUAUGACCUGGACUCUGAGGACGAGACAUUUGUAAAUAAACUGAAGAAAAAGAUGGAUGUGGGAGCCCUGCAGUUUGAAGAGAUGAUCGACCGGCUGGAGAAAGGAAGCGGACAGCAGCCGGUGUCUCUGCAGGAGGCCAAACUCUUGUUGAAGGAGGAUGAUGAGCUGAUAAAGGAGGUGUUUGAGUACUGGAGCAGGAAGAGGAAAGCAUGUCAGAGCAGCUCUCUCAUUCCUGUCGUCAAACAGGAGAAGCGUGACGGCUCCAGCACCAGUGACCCCUAUGUGGCCUUCAGGCGCAGGACGGAGAAGAUGCAGACACGAAAGAAUCGUAAGAACGAUGAAGCUUCUUAUGAGAAGAUGCUGAAGCUGCGUAGAGACCUGAGCCGAGCCGUCACCAUCCUAGAGAUGAUCAAGAGACGGGAGAAGAGCAAACGAGAGCUGCUGCACCUCACACUGGAGAUCGUAGAGAAGAGGAACAGCAUGGCUGAUUUCGGAGGAGAGGUGAUGGCUGAGGUUCUGGCUCAGAGAGCUCUGGAGAAACCAGUCAUCCCUCUGAUCCCAAUCACCAACAGCAACCAGUACAGACACACAGAGCAUGACCGGGACUACAAGAUCAAGAUGGAUAAACCAGAUGUUGUGAGGCAGAAACGGAAGUAUGAGAAGAAGGCCAAGCCAUUGCCGUUGGCAGGCUCUGCCCAUUCAGGCCCGGCAGUCUUUAACACUAAAGACCUCAAUCAGUAUGACUUUCCCAGCUCAGACGAUGAGCCCUACUCACAGAUGUUCUCUGGUUCUUCAGAGGUCGAGGAGGAGAAUGAUCCAGAUGGUGUGUUUGGGUUCAGGAGGAGAACAGGCUGUCAAUAUCAUGCUGCGCAUUCGGGACCCGUGGGCGGCUGGCCCUGGUCAGACCCUGCCGAGGGUGGGGUAGCAGAUGUGCGAUAUCGCUAUUCUCUCACCACGCUCACGGUGCCACGGCGAUGCCUGGGAUUGGCACGGCGACGAGUGGGCAGAGGGGGCAGGGUUUUAUUGGACCGAGCCGACUCUGAAUGCGAUACUGUGUAUCAUGGGCUGGACCCGGAUUCCCCCACAUUCCCAUCUUUGUCUCCCGCCCAGCAGCCCAGCACGGAUACCUCACAUACCAGCACAGAUACCUCUGCCACCUCCUCCACUUCACCGGACCUCACGAAAAUCCUGGUCAAUAUCAAAGCCUGUCGCUGGAGGCAUUUCAAGCCUCGGACGGCACCACCAGACGACCCCGACAAUCCUGAGCACUGGUCUGCACAGAGACCCCGCCGCGGCUUCCUCAUCCGCCCUAUUAGCACGCUUCAGACACGGAGAGGCCCUGGCUCCUGCACCAAACCACGUGUCCCUCCACCCACACCGGGUGAGUCCACUGAUGCCGAAUAGUUACUGAGUCUAGCU